AUCGCCAGUUGUGUUAUUGUACUUUCUCUCCGGCGUCGCCGGCGAAGGAUCUCGCACUGCACCAGAAGCGUACAUAAGGAAGGAGGCGGUCGCUUAGAUAUAUCGGGGGUGAAAGAGGCGGUUCUCGGGUGCGGAGUGGCCGGCGCGGUGGAUAUAUGUGGCGUCUGGCUCGGUGGAGUUGUCCAGAGAAAGAAGCUGCCUUCCGGAUUUAGACGGUUGGAAAAUGCCUCUAGAAGUAUACCUACGGAUUUCAUGGGAGCCUCUGGUCGUCUUCCUCGUUGGUCCUUUGCUCGCCUUCGUGGUCCAGCGGAAGUGGCGACUUGCGAUGGCGAGGCAGGAAGAGGUCCGUCGGCUGGCUUUCCUUGCUGCCCAGGAGGCUAUCCAAGCGGAGGCGGAGGCAAUGAAGGCCUACGUGGCCACUUCGGCUGCGGCUAUGAUUGCGGAGAAGGAAUCCCCGGUGUCGCCGCCGGAAUGCCCUGUGUGCUUGGGUCCUGCAAUGGCGAGGUGCGGACAGUGCAAGGCUGUCAGAUACUGCUCGGGAAAAUGUCAGAUCAUUCAUUGGAGACAGGGCCACAAAGAUGAAUGCCAUCCUCCAAUUCUUAACGAUAGCAAUAGUGGUGCAGUGAAGGUUGUUGAUUCAGAGAUAAUGCCACCCAAAAAGCAUGUUUUAUUGGAGAAGAGGUUUGUGCCUAAGGAAGAGCUGAAUACCAAGGCAGUCAAAUCACCGCUCAAACCAGCAUCCCCAGAUGAUUUCAAGGACAAGCCUGAAGAAAACACUUCUGUUGAAUUUUCUGCAAAAGAAAGCAUUUCUGCUAGUUUUUCUGCAUCAUCACUAGCUAAUGGUUUAGCUUUAAGUAAUAGGAUACUUGAUGGCACUCCCAACGGUGGCAAUCCAAACCCAGUCCUUGAUGCUAGGUUAGGAGAGACUUCAUCUUCUGAUAUUCCUACUAGGAACCCUAGAACUAGGGCCAAUCCUUACCAUGCAAGUCAUUCUGUCUUAUUGAUUCCGGAGCCUCCUAGAUCAAAUCCUUCUGCAAAUAUCACAUCAAAGGUGAAAUCCCAGGCAGAGCAGUUUCUCCUGAAGGUAUCUACUGAUGAGUUAUCUGCUAAUGAUAAGGCUAAGGCAGUUGCAUCUCCUAGAUCCUCAGAAAUUUCUCAUGAAGAACCGGUCACAUCAUCGAAUUCUGUUGCUGCUUUAGCAAAUGCAACGUCAGUGGCUACAAAGUCCUCAGAACCAGUUGCCCCUACAUUAUUAGAUGUUAAAUCUCAGACAAAACACAAUGAGGCCCCAGCCUCAAACCUGGAGGCAUCAGAUCCUGUUGCUAAUGGGACAAUAAUUGAAACACAGUCACUUAUUUCUUGUGCGUUGAGAUCCUUACCAUGUGCUUCUAAUCAAUUAUCAUAUAGCAGUGGUAGUCAGACCAUCACUUCCUGUGAAUACUUGGAAAUUGGCAAUGCUGUUAGAGGAUCAAUCAGAUCAGAUGAUGCUUCUGGUGUUACCUUAAAGGAUCUGUCAACACCUGCAAAGGCAUUUCUCAAGCAGCCUACACCUUAUAAAACGUCAAGGAAUUACCCUCCAGAAUUGAUGCUUUUCCCAUUUGAUCUCUUCAUCAAACUCUACAACCCUGGCAAAAUUCAGUUGCAUCCUUGUGGUCUUACCAACAGUGGCAACAGCUGCUAUGCUAAUGCUGUUCUCCAGUGUUUGAUAUUUACUCGACCACUGUCGGCAUAUCUCCUCGAAGGUCUUCAUUCCUUGAAAUGUCCAAUGAAAGCGUGGUGCUUUACAUGCGAACUAGAGAGUCUUGUGAUGCACACAAAGGAAGGUCAAUCACCUUUAUCCCCUCUGGGGGUACUCUCCCAUUUACACAAUAUGGGAAAGAAUUUUAGUCCUGGGCAGCAGCAUGAUGCCCAUGAAUUUAUGAGGUAUGCAGUUGAUGUUAUGCAAUCUGAAUGCUUAAAAGAAGCUGGAGCAAAACCAGAUAGUGUGUUGGCAGUGGAAACAACACUCAUACAACAAACUUUUGGUGGCUACUUGCUGUCCAAGAUAAGGUGCAACAAGUGUAAGGUCAAAUCCAAACGUUACGAAAGAAUGAUGGACCUUACUCUGGAGAUACAUGGAGACAUUGCUACCCUUGAUGAAGCACUUCAUCAUUUUACAUCUCCGGAAAUUUUGGAUGGGGAGAAUAAAUAUGACUGCAGCAGAUGUAAGUCAUAUGAGCGAGCAAGAAAGAGAUUAAUGAUAUUGGAGGCUCCCAACAUUUUAACCAUUGUAUUGAAGCGGUUUCAGUCUGGUAAAUUUGGAAAACUUAACAAGUCAGUUCAGUUUCCUGAGUAUCUUAAUUUAGCACGUUAUAUGAGUGGAGAUGACGCAUCCCCCGUUUACCAGCUGUAUGCGGCGAUUGUUCAUAAAGAUGUUAGGAAUUCAACCUCUUCUGGUCAUUAUGUCUGUUAUAUAAAAGAUACACAGAGCCAAUGGUAUAAGAUCAAUGAUAGCAAGGUAAAAUCUGUGGAGCUUGAAAAGGUCUUGUCAAAAGGUCCAUACAUACUUCUUUAUGCUAGGUGCUUGCCACGCGCUCCGAGAUCAGUGAGGAAAGCAAUGGCCUAUGAUGUUGUACCACCAAGGAAGACUAGUGGCAAAGAAGCCAAGGGAAAGCCAGUUGGCUCCUCUAAUAUGGAGGAAAGUAAAGACUUACCCAAACAGCAAAUAAAGAGGGAGGAUGACAAUUUUCUGUUAUGGGAUCCGUUCGAUAAGAGACUUUGUUCUCCAACUGAUUCUUCCAGCGAUAGCUCUUCUCUUUUUGAUGAGGGUUCCUCGUGUAGCACUGAGAGCACAAGGGAGUCAACUAGCAUGGAAGAAAACUCUGGAGAACUAUACUUUAUGAAUCCAAAUAACCCCUCGAGUGUCCCUUAACUCACUCAUUCAUCAGAAGCAAUCAAAAAUUAGGACACUCAGAGCUCAGACGAGGCAAAUCUCGAUUGGUUGCUAGUUCUGCUGGAAGGAAAAUGGACCGUGAGAGUUGUGGAAACAAUGAGCAUCAAGGUGCCAUGUUAAUGCGUUGACGGCAAUGGGAGUCUAUUCUCACUGCUUGAAUGUGAAGAAUGUAGAUACUCAAACAGAAAUUGUAGGACCGUAGAGACUGACUGUAUUAACCUAAAUGAGUUAAGUGUGGUGUAUGGUGAAGGCCGAGUAGGUAAAAGAACUGCCCAAACAUUUUAUUGAUCUGUUUGGGUUGUAGGGAAAAAUAAUUUUUUGGUAUGCGUAGUGAAAGAAAAUGGAAAGAGCAAGAAUUUUGUAGUUGCGCUUUUUUCAUGGCAAUGAGGCUAAGCUAUUGUCUGCAACUGCACCCUGAGUAAAGCUGAAAAAUAAGAGUGUACAUGA